AUGGUGAAUCAAGACAAGAUCCAGAUCGGCGAACUGAACAGAAUGGUGACAGUCGACCACGAAUUCAAUAACAGAGCCAAGCAAUGGCAAGACGUAGCGGCUUUCGAACAGAACGAACUAGCCAAAGUGAGGAUUCACCGUUCUUUGAGGCAUGCAAGCAGAGCUUUGGCGUGCUCUGGCGUCGCUACAGUUGUGGCUACAGUGACAUUCAUCGAGCUUGAGUUCGAUUCAGCCGGGGAAAUGACUCCGCCUCAGAAACAUUAUUCGGGAAAGGCAGAAAUCUGCGAAUACAAGUGGGAAAACUCACAAUUGAACUUCGGAAAUGCGACUGGAGGCGACGGUAGUCAAGAAAGAUUGAAGUUUCUGUUGAAGUUUUAUGCUCAGGGAUAUAAAGCGGCAAUAACCUUAAUGACGAUAAUGACUCUGAUUCUGAUUUGGUGGUAUUCUGAGCUUGAGCGGAGACUCCUCGUGCUUCGUCGACAGCUCCCUUCGGAAUCAACGAUCUUGUCAUUUUCUCCGUUGGCUUUUUGGUUCUACCUCGAACUCGCAAUCAGCUCCGUUCAUGUUCCGAUUUUCAAUGUCGGAUUGCCAAAAGAAAUGCAACUAAUGACUUUUCUCCGGUUGUAUCAUCUGAUCAAGUACAUGCGUGAGCACCAUCCGAUGCGUUACAACAGAAUGACGGAGAUUCUGAAGAAUCUCGGCAGUGUGACAAUGUCUUCGAGUUUCUUGCUCAAAUCGCAUUUUCUGAAACGUCCGCUCACGAUGCUGGCGGGUGUAUAUUUCUUCAAUGUUUUUGCGAUGGGGUAUGUAAUCUACGCACUAGAGCGAUCAUAUGGCACGUGUAUGGAAUAUUCAGACGUGGUUUGGCUCAUGGCCGUGACUCUCACUAAUCUCGGGAGCAUUGUGGCUGUGUUGUCGCUUUUCGGAUUAUUCCAGACAGCGCUGAUCGUUGGUGUUCUGUCCGAGUCUCUCCUUAUAGGACCAGAAGAAAAACGUCUCAUGGCAUCUGUUGAGCGACAACGAGCACAUGUUAUCAGAAGAAAAUGCGCUGCUCGUCUGAUUCAAUUCGUUUGGCGCCAAUACAAGUGUCGAAUGUUGAUGGAGCAAAUGGCGAAAAAAGAUGAAACGGAAGAAUUUAUUGCCAAAUUGGGAAGACGUCGUGAACGGAUGAAACUUGCUAAGGCAACCUCUGAGGCUCUUUGGCAGUGGCGACAGGUUAAAAAGAGCACGGAAACUGCUGAAUUAUCGUUGGAGAAAGAAUUUCAAGUAGAUGAAACUGCAAUAACAACGACACACAUUUCGCGAAAACUCGAUUCAUUGGAGAAUCUUGUCAGAAGAGGUGGCCAAUUUCUUCGUAAAAAAUCUUCACAGAGCUGGCUUACGAACGCCAUCAAGCUCGUAAAUGAAGCCGAACACUCCGAUUGCGACGAACCAAAUUACCCAAAAGAUUCACAAGUGGAUUUAGAGGGUGGACAUCAUCAGUCUUGGGCUUCGAAUUUCUUUCAAAGCGGAUUGAGCAGAUUCAGGCCCUCUCGAUAUUCCACCAGAUCCUCAGGAAGAAGAACGAAUUCACUUUCACGGCGCCGGACUACACUAGUCACAACUAGAGCAUCUCCCUCUUUACAGCGUCGUCAAUCGGAGAACAAUUCUGACCCUGGUGGCUGUCCAAAACGCCCCUCUGUAGGCUCGAUUGGAAGGUUGAACACAAUGGCAGCUGGUUUGCCUGAAAUACCGUAUUUCCCAGCCCAAAAUAGGACAGCUGUGACACGUCGUCUCCACCGGGUGAAAUCCGUAGAUUACGCUGUGGACCCUCCUCUGGCGCAAACAGACAAGGCAUUGCUUUAUAAAAACACAGUCGACAAGCGUAAAAACUCCUUACCACUUCCUCCAGUUCCGCGCUCCUCUGACACCAGCUCGCUUGCCAGCGUAAUCCACUCAAUAAGCCGCCAACAAACUCAAGUUCAAGAUGAGCUGAGUGAAUUGAGAAAACUACUGAUUCAGCAGAGCUCCGAGAAGUCAGAUUCAACGAACAGAACGAAUUAG